GAUCAUCCGUCGAGUUAUACAGUCGCUUCUGAGGUACUAAUAUGAACAGGGAGGCGAGUUAUGAAUGCAGCACUGUGCAGUAUUCUGGACCCAGUGACUUUGGCAUGCUUCAGCACACCACUCGAUGAAUUUUUCUGUUUCAGGUACCACCAGCACGGCAUUGGCAGAGGAGUUCAAACGCGACUGACUAUGCAAUGAAGUUGUCUCACACAUUCACAUAAUCCCCGAUUUUUCAUGUUUUCUAAUCUCAAAAAUACUGCGGAGGAUGGUCCAGUCGUUGUACCGAACGCUAGUUGGUCACGGUGCAGCUGCGAUGAUUUGAUUAUCCAUAGCGCGGAAGAUCCUAUCGAUGUUUCGCUUGACAUUACACAAGCCGAAGUCUCUUGCGAGUUCCAAUGAUUCGCGGAGCAGUUUGGAUCUUCUUAUUAUCAACACAACUCUCAUGUAGUCAAACAUUCGCACUGGUUUGCGUAUCUGACGGUGCCCCACUUUUGAGUCCACGCUGCUUUCUCGAGAGGUUGUCCUCGCAUCAUUUUGUGGCCGUUGAUCAAGGCAACUCGGUAAUAGAAGGGAGGGAGCUCAAAUGUGUUGCUCAGCACGUUGCGCCCGUCGUGUCCUUCCCAUCACUCGAGGACGGCAAGACCACAGUCGAGAGUGCACUCGAUGCACUCAACCAUAAUCAGUGACUUCAUCUCCCCUGCUAUAGAAUGCUGAAUCGAGCACAGCCAUUCGAGUCUUCUUUCACCAUGUGCGACGGCACAUUGGUGAUCAAGGACGUCAUCUGGCAAAACCCGUAGUUUGCAUUCUCAUUGGCCU